AACAGUACGACACUUCCCUUUGCAUUUGUUUACGUUAUGAAUCGUCGGCGUGGUUGGUAGCAAGAUCGUUGACAGUUUUUAGUGUUAAAAACGGUUAAAAGACGUGAUUUUUUGGCGAACACAAUCUUUAUAGAACAACUUAACCGCUCGGAAUUUUAAGAUGAUCAUCCCUAUUCGCUGUUUCACAUGUGGUAAGGUCAUUGGAAAUAAAUGGGAAACCUAUCUGGGCCUCUUACAAGCUGAAUAUACGGAAGGAGAUGCACUUGAUGCCUUGGGACUGAAGAGAUACUGCUGUCGAAGGAUGCUUCUCGGUCAUGUUGACCUGAUUGAAAAAUUAUUGAACUAUGCACCUUUGGAAAAGUAACCCUUUGUUCAAAUGUAUAUGAUCUCCUGAAAAACUAACCUAUUUUUCAUUUUUGUAAAGCAUGUAAAUAAUAAUUGGUUAAUUCCACCGUGAUAAUGUAAAUAAACUUUUCUGAUUAUUCA